AUUCAAUAACAAUUCACCAGAUCCAUCGUCACAAUACUUAAGCAUAUCACCAAAAUCGUCAACAAUUAUUUCGAGCCAAGAGAGUACACAGGAAGAAGGGAGUUCCUUCCAAUCUACUCCAUUAGUACGUGGGGAACCUGAUGGUGCAUCCAUCCCCUUUCAGGUCGCGUCACAGCCAUUUGAUAUCUUAGCUAAACCCUUUGGGGCUACAUCUGAUGCCCUGAACCAAGGAACAAAACUAAACCCAGGAACUAUAUUAACUUUUACAGACCCUCGAUUGAAGAUUCAAAAUACUAAUUUAACAGAAUGGGGUAAUGACAUACUGCCCAUUCCUAAGGAUUCUGAGCUGCAAAAUUAUAGUCUAGAUAAUGCUAAACAAUUCCCAAAUAUCGACAAGCACUUAAAUGAUAUAAGGACUACAAGUGGUGCAAGUAAUUUUGGAAAUCCCACAUCAGAUUUCCUUAAACAGCUUCAUCCAAGUGGAUUUUCGGAUAUUCUUCAACAUUCAGGUGGCAGUACUAAGAGACGUCGUGCUGAACCAGAGCCGACGGAAAAGUUUGUACGACUUGUGAGUCGAAGACAGCAUGCUGAGGCUAUCACUGAUAAACCGGUGAUGUACGGAGAACUUGUGAUAUUAGGGUAUAAUGGCAACCUACCCCAAGGUGACAAAGGCCGCAGAAGGAGCAAAUAUUGCCUUCUGAAGAGGAAAAAGGCAAAUGGGGUGAAGCCACUUAGAAAACAUGUCGUAAACAGACCACAUGAAUCCAGUAUUGUACAGGACAGCGAACAGCAUUCCGUGUCAUAUACACUGUCCCGAAAUCAAGCAAUUGUUGUAGAAUACACACACGAUGAUGACACAGAUAUGUUCCAGAUUGGAAGGUCAUCAGAUGAGCCGAUAGACUUUAUCACCAUGGAUACCAUACCUGGUAACCAACGAACAGACAAUGCAGUAGUUACGCAGAGCACAAUAUCACGGUUUGCCUGUCGUAUAUUGGUCGAGAGGGAGCCACCAUAUACUGCUCGUAUUUAUGCUGCCGGGUUUGACUCGGCUAAAAAUAUAUUUUUAGGGGAAAAAGCCACAAAGUGGAACACAGAUGGAGAUGGCAUUGACGGAUUAACAACCAAUGGGAUUCUCAUAAUGCGAUCCAAAGGUGGCUUUUCUGACCAAUCAGAACCGGGGGUGUGGCAGGAAGUUUCAGUGGGGGGAGGAAUCUAUGCACUCAGGGAGUCGAGGAGUACACCUCAACGCAGUAGCCUCGUAGAGGAUGAAAAUAACAUAUUGGAAGAUGGUACGCUCAUAGAUCUAUGUGGCGCCACAUUACUUUGGAGGUCUGCUGAGGGACUCAAGAAUGUACCCAGUCAAUCCCAGCUGCAGAGCCAAGUUGCAGCAAUCAAUGCUGGCAGACCGCAGUGCCCAGUGGGCUUAAAUACUCUAGUUCUUCCAAGUAAAAACACUAUAUCAAUCUCAGACAAGCAGCCCUAUGUUUAUCUCGAAUGUGGCCAUGUACAUGGGAAGCAUGACUGGGGGGACAAAGAGCAUGAUAAUUCCAAACGAAUGUGCCCCAUGUGUAGGAAGGUUGGUCUGUUCACCAAGUUGCUGCUGGGAAAUGAGACAAGUUUAUAUACCAGCAGAGAUCCCCCCACACAUUGUUUCUGUCCAUGUGCUCAUAUGGCCAGUGAACACACAGUAAAAUAUUGGGCCUCAAUAGCAAUUCCUCAUGGUUGUCAUGGUUUCCAAGCCAUGUGUCCAUUCUGUGCCACCCCAUUGGACGGUGUCCCUGGGUUCACUAAACUCAUCUUUCAGGACAAUGUGGAUUAAUAAAAUUAAUAAAAUCAUGUCCAGUGGAUUAAUAUUCUACUAUGGAGAAUAGAAAGAUUCACGCAGUGGAAUGGAAAUCACCAACUGACCUAGAACUAAUUAAAGCUGCAUGCUAAGAUUUAUUCAUUGCUGUAUUGAGUUAUUAAUAAUCACAGUUAACGUGUGAAUGAUCUCGGGAAUCAAGUAGAAUCAUACUCAUGGAUUGAAUAGAAACAGUAUGGGAUUGAAAUGGAACAGAUAUGAAAAACAAUUGAAUUCAUGCAAUUAAGUGAAAUGCUGCAAACAAUUAAGAAAAACAAACAAGAAGAAAACAAACCAAACAAGUGAAACAAAGGGAAGAAGUAAGAUUGAAUGACCAAUUAAAAUAAUUAUAUUAUAGUCGUGUACCUUUUGCUCCAAUUACAGCUGAGGCAAAAAUGAAAGGACAACUGUGGUUUGAUUACAAACAGACAAAUUCAAAGUUUGGAUCUAAAAGAAAUGUACCAGGGUAAAUAUUUGUUUCAAAUGACAUAUGGUUUUAAACUUUCAUAGACGUACUAGAUGUGAAUGCUGACAAAUGAAUCGCCUCUUCAACCAGUUGUGUACAAGCUGCAUGUAUAUGAUUCCACACUGAAAAAUUAAAACUUUUGUCGAAAUGAGCUUUUAUAAAGCUGAUUAUUUUAUAAAUCACAAUGUACAUAACAAAAUUAUGAUGUUCAAACUGUUUUAUUUCCAAUUAUUGACAUUAUUAUUAGAUGUUCUAUUGAAUCAGUCAGCCAAAUUUAAAGUAUUCACUCACCUUGCGCUCUUUCCCUGGAUAGUUUGGUGUUUAACUGACUUAAAACAGUUUGUAAAUGUUACAGUAUAACAGUGUUGUUCAAAGAUGUCCCCUUGAACCUAAACAGCUCAUAUUUAUCAUUUACUUAUUUUCCUUUUAUGGUAUCACAGUUACUUUAGUUAAAACUACAAUAAGAUAGGGGGCGUGUCAAGAUUGUUUCACGAUUUAUAAU